CUCACAACAUCAGAUCAUUUCCGUUAUUGUGCAGCUCGAGUUUAUGAGAAUAUUUUUUUCAGUGGGUCUCUGCUGAUGUAUGUGAAGGAGGAAGAUCUGUCAGCAGAAGAAUGUCCCGUCGGAAGCAAGCGAAACCACAGCAACUCAUAUCAGACGAGGACCCUUCACUGCUGGAGCUGCUGCCCGAACACGUCUCAAGUGAAGGAGUGGAUGAUUCAGACAGUGGAAAUGAGAGCCGCAGUGGGAGUGAAGAGACCCAUGUUUGUGAAAAGUGUUGCGCCGAGUUCUUUAAGUGGUCAGAUUUCUGUGAACAUCUGAAAAGCUGUACUAAGAAUCCACUGGUGCUUAUUAUCAGUGACAAUGAAGUGACUUCAGACCCAGCUCAACAGUAUGUAGCUGAACCAUCACCUGUGCCCAGCUGCACCAGUGAGCCUGCAGACAGUGAGGAUGCAGGAGAGGGCAGCCACAUGCCUGCUGAAGAUGAUGAACGAGCAGAGAUUAUACUGGAACAGGGUACUCUCCUGGACAAAGAGGAUGAGCCCAUGGAAGUGGAAAUGUCUACUGAGAAACCUGUGGACUCUGAAGAUAAAGAUGUACAGGCAGACCCAGAGAUAAGCCUACCUCUUGAGGACUGCAGACAGUCUUCUGGGGUAGGAUACUCUAUACCCAGCACUAAUGUCACACUGGAAACACUGCAUGGAACGCGUGUGGCUGUUGCCCAGUUCUCUCAGAGUGCCCGGGGAGCACUAGCUGCUGGAGUGUCCACUUUGGCUAUUCCUAUGAUCCUGGAACAGCUCAUGGCCUUGCAGCAACAACAAAUCCACCAGCUCCAACUGAUAGAGCAGAUUCGGAGCCAGGUGGCGCUAAUAAACACACAGGCCCCAACACAGCCAGUGCUUGACCAUCACAUAGACCAAAGCUCGAAUCCUGGCUCACAAGUAACCUCAUCCUCCACAAAACACACUGUGCCUGCCCAGCUCCAGCUACAUGGCUUCAUUACACCUCCUGUUAAUCAGCUUCCCAUCAUGAUGCCCUCUUUAACUGGACAGCUCCCAGCUUCAAUAUCUUCAGCUUUGGAGGAAACACACCCAAAUAUUUCUCAAACAGUUGGCCACCAGACCAGUUCUGGGAUAAGCAGCAAUACCACAACAAAUUCUUCAUAUCAAACAAGCAGCUAUAAUAUGAUUCCUUCCCAACUUCCACCAUGUUCAACAUCUAGUGGCAACAGCAGUAGUAGUACUAGUACAAGCUGCACAAGUAGAAACACCGGAACUGGGGGUGGAAUCAGUUGUGGUAUUUCACUUCCAAGAAACACACCUAGUCCUCUAACUCUGACUCAUGGCAGAUUGCUCACAUCCCCCUCCAGCCUCCCCAUCAUACCUCACAGCUCAUCCAGCAGUGUCAUCUUCCCUAAUCCUCUGGCCAGUAUUGCGGCAACAGCAAACGCUCUUGAUCCUCUUUCUGCCAUGAUGAAGCAUCGCAAAGGAAAGCCUCCAAAUGUCUCAGUGUUUGACACCAAACCCAGUUCAGAAGACCCCUUCUUCAAACAUAAGUGUCGAUUUUGUGCCAAGGUGUUUGGAAGUGACAGUGCCCUGCAGAUCCAUCUUCGUUCCCACACUGGUGAAAGGCCUUUUAAAUGCAACAUUUGUGGAAAUCGCUUCUCCACAAAGGGAAACUUGAAGGUUCAUUUUCAGAGACACAAAGAAAAGUAUCCUCACAUCCAAAUGAACCCCUAUCCAGUGCCUGAGUAUCUGGACAAUGUACCAACUAGCUCAGGUAUUCCAUAUGGCAUGUCAUUGCCCCCAGAAAAGCCUGUUACCACAUGGCUGGACAGCAAGCCUGUGUUGUCUACAAUCCAAUCCUCAGUAGCACUGCAACUCCCUCCAACUAUACCUAGCAUUAUUGGAAGUUGUGGGGAUUCAUCUAGUCUCACCCCUUCAAGCAGAUCACCUCAAAGGCCAUCACCGCCAUCAAGUGAGUGUACAUCUCUGUCUCCUAAUCACCUCAAUGCUGAGACCAACAUGACACACAUUUCCAGUUCACCACAACCUAUUGCGGUGAGUGACACUCCUCCAGUUCUCAAACCAGAAGCCAUUCAUUUACCUCCCAGUUGCAUCACCAGGCCUAGGGAGGUCAGCAUAUCUACCACUUCCCUACCCCAAGUGAUUCCUUUGUCCACAGUCACAACCACAACUAGCACCAGAAUACAUAUUACAGACUCAGUGAAUACUCCAUCUUCUAUCUCACAUCCUUCUCUACAAAUGGUCUCUGAUCAGUUUAAGGCCAAGUUUCCUUUUGGUGGCCUUCUGGACUCUAUGCAAACAUCAGAGACCUCCAAACUACAGCAACUGGUGGAAAAUAUUGAUAAGAAGAUGACAGACCCCAACCAGUGUGUCAUCUGUCAUCGUUUGCUUAGCUGUCAGAGUGCCCUGAAGAUGCAUUAUCGCAUCCACACAGGAGAAAGACCCUUUAAAUGUAAAAUAUGUGGCCGUGCUUUCACAACCAAGGGGAAUUUGAAAACGCACUUUGGGGUCCACAGGUCCAAGCCCCCUCUUCGGGUUCAGCACUCUUGCCCUAUAUGCCAAAAGAAGUUCACAAAUGCCGUAGUUCUGCAGCAACACAUCCGCAUGCAUAUGGGGGGGCAUAUCCCUAACACGCCCCUGUCUGAGGGUUUUCAGGACAUGGACAGUGAUCUCUCCUUUAAUGAUAAGAGCUUAGAUGACUUGGAUGAUGAGAUAAUUGAAGAGAUGGAGCAAGCAAUGGAAGAUGAUGUUGGUCUCAAAGAGGGAGAUGUAUACCCACUCAAACCACCCUGUUCAUACUCAGAGAUGUCACCAAGCAACUCACCACCAACAUCUCUUAUCUCUAGCAUUGUUGCCUUGGAGAACGAAAUGAAGCUGACUGAUCAAGCAGUUAACAUACUCCCCUCCUUUUGUCUAAAGCCUCCAGAAAAUGGGAGUGGAACUCAUGGGGAAAAUGGAGAUGUGUUUAAGAAUGACUCAUCUUCUACUGUAGGAGACCUAGAGAAUUACAGUGAUGGAAGUCCAGUGCAGUCUGAAUCAUCCGGCUCUAUGCAGGCUUUGUCUCCUGCCUGCAGCCAGUCUGAGAACUGCCACUCAAAGUCUCCAAUUCAGGCAGACAACUGCAGCAAAGAUGAGGCUCAGGAUCCAAGGGUAGUUACAGUGAAGUCUGAAAAUUCAGAUACCCUUUCUGCUGGAUCAGAGAACACAGGUGCAUUGGAUCUCACAGCCACACAGCUCGCCAGGCCGUUUGUCAAAGAUGAGAAUCACUUCAGUCUGUUGUUCCAAGGUUUAAACACUUCAAACAUUAUGAGCUCAGAAGCAAGCAUAGUCAAACUUGAGAUGAAUGGGCACAGUAAGCCACUGUCCUUGAGUGAGGGCCCCCACUUAACAGUGGGCCUCCUGGCACCUGCUGCUGCCCCUCAGACAACAAUAAGCCCUAACCUCACUCCAAUGCUGGCACCGCCCCCACCACGGCGGACUCCCAAACAACAUAACUGCCACUCCUGUGGGAAGAAUUUUUCGUCAGCCAGUGCUCUUCAGAUCCAUGAGCGCACUCACACAGGAGAAAAACCUUUUGGCUGUUCCAUCUGUGGUAGAGCCUUCACCACAAAGGGAAAUCUGAAGGUCCACAUGGGAACCCACAUGUGGAACAAUGCCCCAGCCCGGCGGGGAAGACGGCUCUCUGUGGAGAACCCCAUGGCUCUUUUAGGUGGAGAUGCAAUGAAAUUCAGUGAGAUGUUUCAGAAGGAUCUUGCAGUGCGAGCAAUUAACGUAGACCCAGGCUUCUGGAAUCAGUACGCAGCAGCCAUCACCAAUGGGCUGGCACUGAAAAACAAUGAGAUCUCCGUCAUUCAGAAUGGAGACAUUACUACAAUCCCUAUUAGCCUGGGUGGGGGUGGAAUCCCUGCGGUAGGUGCAACGACAGGAGGGAUGGAGAGAUCUCACACCGGGAGCAACCCUCCAGUGACUGGCCUAGAGAAGACUAACUUGGAGGUGGGAGCUGGACGUCCCUUCUCCAGAUUCAUGGAGGAUAACAAAGAGAUUGGGAUCAAUUAAUGACUUUUAUUUAGAAAAGGACACAGACAAAAAGACUAAUGACUUUAUUCAAAUUCGGAAGGCAAUUAUUAAUUCAGUUCUUACUGUAUGUACUAUAUUAUGUAGAGAUGAAGUCUGAUAUGCUGUUUAGUUUUAGUAUCCCUCAGUCAUACUAUUUCAUUCAUACAAAGAAAACUUUGUCUAGUUUGAAAAUCUUUUGUCUUGCAAGGUUUGCAUGGUACUUUAUGGUUUCUAUCAGUAUGUUACUAGUUGUAUGAUGCUCUGACAUAUAUGAGUGUCAGUUGACAUGGGUAAAAAAGGCAAAAAAGUAAAGUGCAAUUUCUGCAUGGAUAUAAGCGUGGUUGCUUUGUGUGAAAGGGGAAAACAUGAAAUUGGGCAAUGUCUUGUUGAGCUUUUUUUAUUAAAUAUCUAGACAUUUGAUAGGAAAAAAGUCUUAACUAUUUUAAUCUUUACAUAUACUCCUGCCAUUGUCUUAUGAGUGUCCUAUGUCUUUAGUAUUUAUAAUACAAAAAAGCAGGUAAAAAUGUAUAAAAUGU